AUGGCGAUUCCGGCCUCAAAAUGUCGGGGCUUCACCCACCCCGUCGUUCUCCUGAUCAGGAGCUCGCUGCAGCCGGCCGCCCGGCCGUCCUUCUUCACGGCUAGCCGGUCCCCAUGCCUUCCAUCGUCGACGCUGCGACCCUCGAUUCGGCUUUUCACGACCGGGCGAGUCCUGGGAGCGCAGAUCAAGGCCAAGCCUUCUCCCCAGGCCCUCAAAGCUACUGCUAGAGUCGCGGCGCAGUCACCAAGACCGGCCGCAACCACUUCGUACGAGCAGAAGCUGGCGCAAAACCCGCUCGGCACCGUCCUCUACGAAGGGGCGCCGCAGAAGCUCUUCAUAGCCUCGAGUUUCGCUGCCGGUUUUGUCUGCUUGGGCGCCGCCUCGCUGGACGUCUACUUCAAUGUCUUCAACAUCCCGCAAGGCGUCCCCGAGUGGACUGCCUACGCCUUCGGCGCCGUCGGCGUCAUGCUCGCCAUCCUGGGUACCAACUUCCUCCUGUACCCCUCCAGCAUUGUGCGUAGCAUCAGGAUCCUUCCCGCUGCCGCCGAAGCUGCCUCCAAGUCGGCCACCGGCGCGAGAGGGCCCGCCAAGGUGCAAGUCGAGGUGGUUUCAAGGAGACUCACCCCUAUCCCCGGCAUGCCGUUCAAGAAGGAGAUAGUCGAGCCUCGGGACAUUGUGUUACGCGCAAGGAUGUUCGAGCCCAAGCCGCCGCCCACGCAGAUCGAGCAACUACGCAUGAGACGGGAAUGGGCCGAGCGCAAGAAGGCUCAGAAGGAGUACGACGACGAGCAUCGCAUGACGAUACCAUUCCGGGACGCAAAAUGGGCCGUGUCCACCAUCUUCUCCAGCAUACGGAAAGGCCUGACUGGGGAGGGUUUUGUCCCCAUAGAAGUCAAGGGCAAGAAGUACAAGCUGGACUUGCAGGACGGCUACGUCUUCGAGGAGGGCCGAGCAUUGGAUCGAUUGGUGAGAAUUGAGCCAGACGAGAAGGGGACGCCCAUGCUACUUCGCAAGGCAUAA